AUGUGCCAUGGAGCUCUGCUUGCAGCAGCGGUUGCGGCGAUCAAGCCCUCGAGGUUCACUCUGCCCAAGGCCGCUGCAAAGAUGCAGCGGGUGCGAUCGCUGGCCUCGGCACGCGAGAAGAAAAAUCAUCCGAAGGCCGCGCGGGCUUCGGCGAAGUUCGACUUCGCAGCGGUGUCCUGGUCUCCCGGCACGGCGCCGAUGGCGCACAGCCCAGACCCAGGUUCGGAGAGCACACCGAGCGGUGCCGAAAGCCCAGUGAGGAGAAAAAGAUUUCUUGUAUCAGAACAGGAAAUCUCCUUCUCGGUUGUUAUCGCUGGGCUUGCGAGGCAAGGGCGGCCGUAUGCCGCGGCAAAUUUCCUGGAGGCCAUGGUGACGAAUGGCCUGUCGCCAAAUGUGGUUGUCUUCAACGCUGUCAUUGCGGCGUUCGCUGGACAUGCGGAUGUGCCUGAAGCAGUGAAUUGGUUCCGAAAGAUGGAAGACCAGGGCUUGAAGCCAAACGUCAUGACACUUACCGCCGUCAUCGAUGCUUGUGCCAAGGCUGGUAAAGCAGAUGAGGCGGUGAGGUGGCUCCACGAAAUCGAGGAGAGGGGUUUGCAGCCCAACCGGGUAUCCUACAACGCCGUCAUCAACGCCUUCGCAAGGCGAGGUGACGUCUCUGGUGCCGUGAACUGGCUGGAGCGGAUGCAGCCUGCAGUGGAGCCCGACACGGUCUCGUACAACUCAGUGCUUCACAGCUGCGCCCUCUCCAAGGAUCCCAGUGCGGGUGAGGUGGCUGAGAGCAUCUUCAGGCGCAUGAGGUUGAACAACAUGUGGCCGACGUCCGCAACGCUGAAUGCUCUCGCACGCGCUGUUGGCACAGAUCGCAGGACCGUGCAGAAGCGGCACAGGCGACUUCUUUAUUCAUGGAUCAUGCAAAAUGUGUACAGGCUGGACCGGGGUGCUUUGGUCAUUGAUUCCAGGGCCAAACUCGACCUGCCAAGCAAAGGUCACUCGAAGCGGUGCCGCUUUGAAGCGUAUUGGACUGUGAAGGUAGUGCAGUGCAAAUCUCGAAUGCUAGACUUGUUCAUUGGCAAAGCUUACCUUUGUCUUGGAUUUGUGGCACUCUGA